UAUGUUCAUCAUUCUUACCGGAUGUUGGAUCAGGGAGCAGAGGCUCAAAACAGUUGUUAGCUUCGCGGUACAGCAAUGCAGGACUGACGCGUUUUCUUAACGAAAUAAACACCUGGAACAUUUGACAACGAGAGCGGUCUUUGAGCCGCGAUCUACGGGAACUGAGCUUGCACAUUUCAAUUUUUAAGGAUCAUUCGGGUAAACGCGACCAGCAGUGUCAAAGAUGAACGUCACCUUGGCAGUCAAGCAGUACAUUUCCAAAAUGAUCGAGAACAGCGGGCCAGGUAUGAAGGUCUUGCUCAUGGAUAAAGAAACGACCAGUAUCGUGAGCGUGGUGUACACGCAGUCGGAGAUUCUGCAGAGAGAGGUCUACCUGUUCGAGCGCAUCGAUUCGCAGAACCGAGACACCAUGAAGCACCUGAAAGCCAUCUGUUUCUUACGCCCGACCAAGGACAACGUGGAGAAUCUGAUUCAGGAACUGCGUCGACCCAAAUACAGCGUCUACUUCAUUUACUUCAGCAACGUCAUCAGCAAGAGCGAGGUGAAGGCCCUGGCCGAGGCAGACGAACAGGAAGUGGUGGCAGAAGUGCAGGAGUUCUAUGGAGACUUCAUCGCUGUGAACCCCCACCUCUUCUCUCUCAACCUCACGGGCGUGGCCAGGGGUCGGAGCUGGGAUCCCGUGCUGCUGCAGCGCUCCACUCAGGGCCUCACCUCGGUUCUGCUGGCCCUGAAGAAGUGCCCCAUGAUCCGCUACCAGCUGUCCUCCGACAUGGCCAAGAGGCUGGCCGAGAGCGUCAAGCAAAUCAUCACUAAGGAGUACGAGCUGUUCGACUUCAGGAAGACCGAGGUGUCUCCAUUGCUUCUCAUUGUGGACCGCAGCGAUGACGCCAUCACCCCGCUGCUCAACCAGUGGACAUACCAGGCCAUGGUGCACGAGCUGCUCGGUCUCAACAACAACCGCAUCGACCUCUCCCGCGUGCCCGGAAUCAGCAAGGACCUGCGUGAGGUGGUGCUGUCUGCCGAGAACGACGAGUUCUACGCCAACAACCUGUACCUGAAUUUCGGGGAGAUCGGCACCAACAUAAAGAACCUGAUGGAGGACUUUCAGAAGAAGAAGCCAAAAGGUCAGCAGAAACUGGAGUCCAUCUCCGACAUGAAGGCGUUUGUGGAUAACUACCCGCAGUUUAAGAAGAUGUCGGGCACGGUGUCCAAGCACGUGACGGUGGUGGGGGAGCUGUCGCGGCUGGUCAGCGACAGGAAGCUGAUGGAGGUGUCCGAGGUGGAGCAGGAGCUGGCCUGUCAGAACGACCACUCCAACGCGCACCAGAACGUGCGCAGGCUCCUGCAGAACCCCAAGGUGACCGAGAUGGACGCGGUGCGGCUGGUGAUGCUCUACGCGCUGCGCUACGAGAAGCACAGCAGCAACAACCUGCUGGGCCUGAUGGAGGACCUCAACAGGAAGGGCGUGUCCGAGAGGCACCGCAAGAUGGUGCAGUCCAUGGUGGAGUACGGUGGGAAACGAGUGAGAGGAAGUGACCUCAUCACUCCCACAGACGCCGUGGCCAUCACUAAACAGUUCUUCAAGGGGCUGAAGGGUGUGGAGAACGUGUACACCCAGCACCAGCCGUUGCUGCAGGAGACUCUGGACCAGCUGAUUAAAGGCCGUCUAAAGGACAGCCAGUUCCCCUACCUGGGCCCUAGCACACUGAGAGACAGGCCCCAGGACAUCAUCGUGUUCAUAAUUGGCGGGGCGACUUACGAGGAGGCCCUGACAGUGUACAACCUGAACCGCACCAUGCCAGGGGUCCGCAUCGUUCUGGGCGGCACCACCAUCCACAACACUAAGAGCUUCUUGGAGGAAGUGACGUUGACAGCCAGUUCAGGACAUGGCGGAGAGAGGUCACUGGGGGCGGGGCGGUACCCUAGCAGGCGCUGAGGCAGAAUUUUCCGGAACCUUCUUCCACUGGCCCAGAGACGUCCAGCUGACAGAUCCCUGCAGCACCUUUGGGCAGUCCAGCCGGUGUCCCGCCCUCCCUUUCCCAAACUCCCUUGCUGCAAACAUUCCUAUAUCGGCUGCACACUGCACACAACAGCUCCCAUGAUCCUUUGCUUUUGACGGGUUGAUGUGCAGCUCCUGUGUCCAGUGCCCUGUUGGCUCGCCACACCUCUGUUUCAGGAACAGAUGCGAACACCCCCCCCGCCCCAAAACAAACCUGACUGCUGCUGUCCAUACCUGGGAUUGUGAGGAUUUCCUUCUCCGUUUCACUCUCUGGCAACCCCUCAAACGACAGCCAAGCCCCUGAAUACAGAGUGAGCUGGACCCCUACAUCUGUCAUGUGAAAGUCUCCCAAAGUUAUGUACAUAUUUCAGAAUGCUUUAAAUGCUCUUCUCCUUUAAUGCUCUCUCUCUCUCUCUCGGUUCUAUUAUCAGUCCGUGUGGCACUACUGUUCAGCAUGCUUCUGUGCUUGAUUCAUCAGUAAAGUUAUUUUAUUUCCUCCAAAGGGCUGGCUGGAGAGCUCUUCUUAUUAAUUAACCCUUUAAAGUGUGAGGUCAUAAAUAUGCGAUUAGAAUGUUCUCAACUGAACAUUCUAAUGCUGAUGGUCACAGUCACUACUGGUGAUUGAAAGCAGUGGAGUUCUAGAACACUGACUUAGAAUCAAUUCUUUAAGGGGUUAAAAGAACUGAUUAUGCGCAGGUAUAGCAUGGCCAUACAGAGAGGCAGAGAUGAUGUUGUUGGGUGAAUACAGUUUUUUUUUUUUUUUUUUGCAUACCAAGAACUGAGCCAGGUGCAGUUUAUAUCGGCUGUGACUACUCUGGUGGCCCUGAGGCUGUUUGGCGCCUCUACCUGUGCACCAUGGUUACCAGCGGGAGCCGUUGGCUAGGCCGGUUAGUGGGAGAAUGAGGGAUGCUUGCUUUUUUGCCGGUCCCAGGCGAUUCACAUACAUCAGGUUUUCAGCUGGGCGUGCAAGUUGCCAGAUUGCAACAAAUCCGUCAAAUUGUGAGCGCGAGUGAUUUGAUUUGGGCGGCUCCGGCUAGUCUGACAGCUCGAAAGCGGACUGACUUGGCAAGAACAACAUCACCCCUCCCCCCGAAAUAAACUCC